GCUCAUUUCAGUUCGUAUCGGUAUUCCAUACAAGACGGAGCGGAACGCGGACCAGCAAUGUUUUAUGAAUAUAAGCAAAAAAAUUCGCAUUGCUAUUGCAUUCAGAGGCUAGUCCGUGCUAUUUAAGAACCGUAACAUUGGCGCUCUGUGUGCCGUGUGUGUGUGUGUGUACGUUCGUACGGUGUUUACGGUGUCUUCUGUGUGUGUAUGUGCAGUUAUUGCUGGUGCCGCCGCAUCAGUUUUCUGUGUGGCUUCUUUUAAUCAUUUGCCGCCUUUAUAUGUAUGUAUAUCUUCUCUGUUAUGGUCGCUGAUAUACAUAUCUGUCAUUUGCUGGUGCAACAAAAUUCCUGUUAACGUAUGUAUGUGUAUACGUCAUACACAAACACACGCACACAUACGUUUGCACCUUUUCUACUGCCGUGUCAUCAAUUGGGAGGAACAUAAAAAUGAAUCUAUGCGGUUUAUUAGCCGCAAGCUCUUCCACGAAGUUAAUCGCAAGACUUAAAUGUAUGUAAUAUAAGUAAUAUGAUAGGAAAACUGAAUUGCACCGAAGGCAACAGACACAAAAAGAAAAAGUGCCAACAUACAUAAAGAGGGCACACCUGGCCGUGGUUGAAGGACGAACGAACGCACGACGCAUUUUCCGGCCAAGUAUGGGCGAAUCAUAUUACGUUGCGGGCCAGACUAAAUAGUACAAGGUACUAAAACAAACCUCAAGGCAAACACUCAUGCAUGUGGCAUGACUACAAGUCCGUGUAACUAUCCAGCGAGUUGUGUGCGGAGCUGCAAUUAAGACAGACCCUGCCGGCGCCCGAUGACAAUAGGUGCGCCCCGUCGACCUGUUAGUGCGCCGUAGUACACACGGCAGCGGUGUUUCAAGUUACACAACACACAACACACAUCCACGGCACGGUCAGAGGUGGCUGCCGGUCCGGACUUAGCCAGCCAAAUCCAAACAGCAACAUGUUGCGCAGCUGUGUGUGCCUGCAAAGCGGCGGCAGCGGCAAGCGCCGCAGCUCCUCCGUGGAAGACGCCUCGUCGUGUCGCUCGUCGGAAAUAGAGCGUGUCGGUGCCAGCAUGCAGACGACCACGCUGGGGUCCAAUGGCCAGCCGCAAACGCUGACUCCGCCAACUAGCACGCGCGCCUCCAGUCUGUUGCAAUUGUUUCAGAGGAAAGGUUGGUGCAAGCACUUCCGCAAACCGCUUCGAGGCAUGAGUGCAACGCGGGCCGAGAAAACAAUCAGAGCAGCAAUAUUUAUACAGAAAUGGUAUCGCCGACAUCAGGCACGGCAGGAAAUGCGAAAGCGCUGUAAUUGGCAAAUAUUUCAAAACGUGGAGUACGCCUGCGAGCAGGACCAGGCCGAGCUAUACAAGUUCUUCAAUGACCUUAUCAAACACAUGCCCCAGGCCAUUGAGGCUGGCAAUAAAGGUCAGACCUCAAAACAAAGUAUUGGCCCGGAGAAGAGUGCCGCAUUAUAUGAGGAAACUGGCGAAAUGGCGCGUAUACAGCUCGAAUUACCGAUACAGAAAAAGCACAUAGAUCUCAUGAUUGAUGUAUUUCGCAAAAAAAGGGGCAACCGUCUGCAUCCAAAAUAUGUGUGUAUGAUUUUGCGCGAAGCUGCAAAAUGCCUCAAACAGAUGCCAAACCUGUGGAUGGUAUCGACGGCCGUCUCCCAACAGGUGACCAUAUGUGGGGAUCUGCAUGGCAAACUGGACGACCUGCUGGUGGUGCUCUAUAAGAAUGGACUGCCUUCCGCUAGCAAUCCUUAUGUCUUCAAUGGCGACUUUGUGGAUAGGGGCAAGCGAGGGCUGGAGGUGCUGUUGCUCCUAUUGUCCCUCUAUUUGGCAUUUCCAAAUGCUGUGUUCUUGAAUCGCGGCAAUCACGAAGAUAGCGUAAUGAACGCCCGCUAUGGCUUCAUUCGCGAGGUAGAGGGAAAGUAUCCCCGUAAUCACAAACGUUUGCUCUCGUUAAUUGACGAGGUUUAUCGUUGGCUUCCACUAGGAUCUAUUUUAAAUAACCGCGUGUUAAUUGUGCACGGCGGUUUCUCGGAUACUACGAACCUGGACCUUAUAAAAAGCAUUGACAGGGGAAAGUAUGUAUCAAUUCUGCGGCCACCUCUAAUGGAUGGUGAAGCUCUGGAGAAGGCAGAGUGGCAACAGAUUUUUGAUAUAAUGUGGAGCGAUCCGCAGGCCUCGCAAGGCUGCAAGCCAAACGCGUUACGAGGCGCUGGUGUUUGGUUCGGUCCAGACACAACGGAAUUAUUUUUGAAACGCCAUCGACUUAGCUACGUAAUCCGCUCGCAUGAGUGCAAGCCAAAUGGACACGAGUUUAUGCAUGACAACAAGAUCAUCACCAUAUUCUCGGCAUCGAACUACUAUGCCAUGGGCUCCAACAAAGGCGCCUAUAUGCGCCUGAAUAAUCAACUGGUGCCGCACUUUGUCCAGUACAUUUCGGCGGCCUCGCAGACCAAGGAGCUCUCCUUCAAGCAACGCAUGGGCAUUGUGGAGUGUGCGGCAUUAAAGGAACUAGCCGUGCGGAUGCGUGAACAUCGGGAUGAGCUGGAGGCGGAGUUCAAGAAGUACGAUCCCGAUGAUUCCGGCUGCAUAACCAUUUCAAAAUGGUGCUUUGUAAUGGAAAAUGUGACCAAGUUGGGCCUACCCUGGCGACUGCUACGCGAUAAACUGGCCCCGGGCACUGAUAGCCAAUGCGUGAACUAUGUUCGAACGUUGGAUCUUCUCGACACGGAUGUUAUUAUGGAAGCUGAGGCAGAUGGGACAUCCGUAAUGGACGCUUUAUAUGCCAAUAAAGCCAGCUUGGAAACCAUAUUCAAUAUUAUCGAUGCUGAUCAUUCAGGUGAAAUAACUCUGGAUGAAUUCGAGAAGGCAAUUGAUCUGCUGGUCGCUCAUAUGCCUGGCGUUUACUCAAAGGAUGAAAUGUUGGAAAAAUGCCGUAUGAUGGAUCUCAAUGGUGAUGGUAAGGUAGAUCUUAAUGAGUUCUUGGAGGCGUUUAGACUAAGCGAUUUGAGUAGAAAAGAACAGCAAGAAGAAUAUCUACGCAAGCGUUCAACAGGUCUGCGUCCCUCAGAGUCAGUAACUCGGCUGGCGGAUACAAUAUCGAGAAAUACUCUGGUAGUUGAGCACGAUAUUGAUCCGACUGACUGUGAGGCAAAUGUGGUUGAACAAAAUUCAUAAAAAAUAUUACCCUAAAAUAGUACAAUUUAUGCAAUUAUUUUUCAAAAUUAUAAGCUGUCAGCCCUAACAUAACGACGCUAAAUAUUAUUAAUAAUUAAGAAGUUAUAAAGAAAAUUAUAUAUCAUAUGCAGCUUAUGCCCCGUAAAGCAUUUUAGAGCUUCUCUUAAAAUCUUUCGCUAUUUUAUCUGCUGGAGUCUUAAUGCAUUGGACUCCGUCCAUAACAUUUCUUGCACAAAAGUGAAUCUUUAAUUUAUAUUCUGAAAGUACGGGGUGUACGUCCGAGAAGAAAGGGCAUAUAGGAAAAGGUAGAUCGAACCAGUGCUAUCGGCGAUGAAUAAGCAACUAAAUAUAUAUCCAUUAAAAUAAUAUAUCUAGCUCUAUAAGCUCUAUGAUCUAUGCUAACUCAUAUUUCCAAUGAAAAAGGAACAAAAAGGCAAGCUAAAAGAUGGCCAUUAGGCCAAAUCAUUCCCAGCCAAUUUCUUUCUAAACUGCAUUCAAUUACGGUUAGCGAUAAGAAUAAUAAUGGAAUAGCAUAAUCUGAUUUCAACUUAUCAUAAAAGUGAAUGGAUUGUAAGAGUUGAUUUUAACUAAAAUAAUUUAUGUUUUGUUAAUUACCCGAAGUACAAAAGAUAAUUGAAAUCUCAGAUGACAAUUUAUUUAUAUGGGUCGGCAGUGCUCGAAUAUAUAAAACAUAGCAAAAUUGUUGUUAAUAUUCACGUUUAACUACAAACAAAUAUCGAAUUGUCUUCAUGCAUAGUUCAAGCCAUGGGAUCAAAAGCUAACGUUUAAAUUGUUUUGAAAAGCUUACCAAAUACAAUAGUAAAUAAAUUGUUAUACAUACAUAUAUGCCCCGUUGGGCAAUGUUAUAAAUUUGCAAGAAAUAUAUUUAUGUUAGAUGCAAAACACAUAUAUCUUUUGAUAAGUCGAAGUCUUUCUACGUUAGUAAAUUAACAUACCACAUCAAUUAAUGCUAAGCGAAUAUAUAUAUAUAUAUUCUUAUAACAAUUACCUGCACUUAAUGCUAUUAAAAGAAUAUUAUUGAAUUCGGUAUUUUAAAUAGCCGAGAUGAGCACAUGAGUAAUAACCAAAACAAUUGUAGCUACUAUCUAUAAUCAAACAUAACGAUCUGGUCCAAAUAAAUUUAAAUGAGUUUCGUCUCACAAAAAAA